UCGGAGCUCGCUGUUUGUCCGGGUUUUUUACGUUUUAAUUUCCAGGACUUGAACUGCCAUGUCCUCUGAAGAAGGAAAGCUCUUCGUGGGAGGGCUCAACUUUAACACCGACGAGCAGGCACUGGAAGACCACUUCAGCAGUUUCGGACCUAUCUCUGAGGUGGUCGUUGUCAAGGACCGGGAGACUCAGCGGUCCAGGGGUUUUGGUUUCAUCACCUUCACCAACCCAGAGCAUGCUUCAGUUGCCAUGAGAGCCAUGAACGGAGAGGUGGGGCCUCCUGUCUGCAGAGGGACCUUGUCCCCAUCUGCGGCUUCCUUCAUUCUUUUUGUUUUUCCCUCUGUGUCUGCUCCGGGCAGCGUGGCCACCAAGCCCCGCAGUGCCCACUCACAGGAGCAUGACUGCCUUUUGUUCUAGGGGGUGGAGGGCAGCGGCAGACAGAGCCUGGCCGCCUGGGAGGCGACGACUGGUCCUGCAUGAGGCCGAGAAGCCACCUGUGGAUGGUUGACCUGCCUUGGGCUUAGGUAGUAGAGUCUGCAGACCUGUGGGCCUGGCCCGGAGAGGACCUCGUGAGUCUUCUGACAUGGACUCUGAAGCCUCAAACCAAGAGAGGUGUCUGUCUAGCCCUGAUAGUCGGGCAGCUUAGAGGAGUGGGGAGGAGAACUCAGCCUGAGUUCAGUCAAGAUGUAAGUAGUAGCAAGGGGAACAUGGUGCAUUCAGGUCAUUUUGUGUGGGAUUCUAUAGCUCCUGAUGAAGCCAUUCUGGGGUAAAGGAGCUUAUUCUGGAACAUGGCACCCAGAACCUGGUGCCCAGCAGGAAUUUUUGGCCUCUCUUGCCCACUUACCCUUGCCUGCUCUUCCUUCACCAUUGCCCUGACUGACUGCCAACCCAUCCUCCUUGUGUCUCCCACACUUAGUCUCUGGAUGGUCGUCAGAUCCGUGUGGAUCAUGCAGGCAAGUCUGCUCGGGGAACCAGAGGAGGUGGCUUUGGGGCCCAUGGGCGUGGUCGCAGCUACUCCAGAGGUGGUGGGGACCAGGGCUAUGGGAGUGGCAGGUAUUAUGACAGUCGACCUGGAGGGUAUGGAUAUGGAUAUGGACGUUCCAGAGACUAUAGUGGCAGAAACCAGGGUGGUUAUGACCGCUACUCAGGAGGAAAUUACAGAGACAAUUAUGACAACUGAAAUGAGACAUGCACAUAAUAUAGAUACACAAGGAAUAAUUUCUGAUCCAGGAUCGUCCUUCCAAAUGGCUGUAUUUAUAAAGGUUUUUGGAGCUGCACUGAAGCAUCUUAUUUUAUAGUAUAUCAACCUUUUGUUUUUAAAUUGACCUUCCAAGGUAGCUGAAGACAUUUUAGACAGUUCCAUCUUUUUUAAAAUUUUUCCUGCCUAUUUAAAGACAAAUUAUGGGACGUUUGUAGAACCUGAGUAUUUUUCUUCUUACCAGUUUUUUAGUUUGAGCUCUUAGGAUUAUUGGAGCUAGCAAUAAUUGGUUCUGGCAAGUUUGGCCAGACUGACUUAAAAAAAUUAAUGUGUAUCCAGGAACAUUUUAAAAACCUGUACACAGUGUUUAUUGUGGUUAGGAAGCAAUUUUCCAAAUGUACCUAUAAGAAAUGUGCAUCAAGCCAGCCUGACCAACAUGGUGAAACCCCAUCUGUACUAAACAUAAAAAAAUUAGCUGGGCGUGGUGGUGCAUGCCUGUAAUCCCAGCUACUCGGGAGGCUGAGGCAGGAGAAUUGCUUGAACCCGGGAGGUGGAGGUUGCAGUGAGCCAAGAUCACGCCACUGUAUUCCAGCCUGGGCAACAGCGAGACUCCAUCUCAAAAAAAAAAAAAGGAAAUGUGUAUCAAGAACAUGAUUAUCCAGGGGUAUUUUCUAAUUCAGAUCAUCAAACUGAUUAUAUAGAAGAGCUGGCUUUAAAAUGUUUGCAAAUGUCUUUUUUUUUAAUGCUGGAAGAAAAAAUAUUCUGUUGUGUCUCAUACAGUGCUUAGGAUGUCUUUCACAGAGCUUAUUAAAAAGACGAAACCUGAGAA